AUGCACCUUUUCGGUAUCUUUUUAUUGGUUAGCUGUGUUUUCGCAGCUCAAGCAUGCGGAUCAUUACCAUCACAAACAAUAAAAGGACCACCAGGGCCACCGGGACGAAACGGACGGGAAGGAAGACGAGGGGAACGAGGAGUGCAAGGAGCUGAAGGACCACCAGGAGAACCAGGCCCAGUUGGAGAGCCUGGGCCUAAAGGUCUUCCAGGAGAGCAAGGACCAGUGGGAGAUCAGGGAGACGUAGGUGAUCAAGGAUAUCGGGGUUUGAGAGGAGUGGAUGCGGGAAGGUAA